UAUCGCCCUGCCUGCUUGCAGCCCCGCUGAGGCUUCGCACCGUUGUUUCUCUUUCGCACUGCUUCUUCGCACUCGAUGUUUUACCGCGAUGCUUUCAGAACCCUGUAUACUGUUUCAGAGGACGGCGCGUGCACUGCCCGGUACUUGCCACCAGCUUGUCAGUGUGAAUCGACCGUAGCGCCGGAAGGGAAGUCCAGAGAGCGGCCCCGGAUUUGGAGCCAGUCGCAGUCUUGGUCUGAUCCCCAGAGCGUGGCCAGUCCAGCGACCGCACCAGCGACUCGUGACAUUUUUACUGAGCUCUGGCGGCACUACAUGAACAGACACCUCCGGUCCGACACACUAUCCCGAGAUAUUCGUCGUCAGUUCGCCAACCACUCCGCAAUGCGUGCCGAGGCGCCGGCGCUGCGGGAAAGCCUCCAGCGCCCUGCAAGGUGGCUGCAAGGGGAGUGCUGAAUCUGUUCGCUUCAGUGUUGUGAUUCCACCAAGUCUGCUCCCACUCGUCACAUCAAUAACCCUGACAACUUCGCC